AGCCUUCAUGCAACGAAGCAACACAAAGCAGUAGGAAAUGAUCAUUAAACAACACGGAAGCAGAACAGUGCUGAGCACUGCCCAACAGUGCUGAGUGCUGCCAGUCAGUGCUGGUGUGCGUGCUCAUUUUUUUAAAGCAGUCCAAAUCUGCAGCUGAAAGAAAGCACCGGGAGAAAAGGAGCUCUGAAAGCACAAACAAUAGCAGGCUUAACCUUCCUAAAGUCUCAAUAGGUUUCUUAUGAGUGUCAAAAUGGACACAUUGAAAAAGGGUUCUGGAUUCAGGAGGAGCACCUUAUCAAGUUCUUGGCAUCCAACAGGCACAGCUCUGGGGCAACCAGCCUCAGCUCCACCUCUGUCUCGUGGCAGCACCUGGCCUGGAAGAGCACCCCCGGCUGCUAGGCCCAGGGCAGAGGAGCAGGCAGCACUGCAGCAGGACCAGGUACAGCAGGAUAAGAUCUGGAGGGAGUCUGUGGAGGCUGAAUGGAGAGGAAGAAAAAUCUGGUACCAGAACUGGAGUUUCCUAAAGGACUAUGACCAAAUGGGUAACAAAAAGGAACAGAAGCCACUACCAGACCAUACGUCUGUGUUUUCAAACACAGUUCCCAAUUCCACCAACCAGAACAUUGGUAGUAGGAUGAAUACUGAACUUGGCAAGAUGCUGAUAAACAUGGAUUACCUCUUCAGCAGGGGAGCACAAAAGAGGAAACUCGAAGAUGACCUCCAGCUUUCCUAAGGCUUCAAGUAAAAAUACCAGUAACAAAGCAAGUGAAAGAGUUCUAGCUAAUAGACUUCUUUCAGAUUGAAAAUAGCAGGUAACAAAUUCCUCACCUUCCUUCAGAAAUAGUGCUGUCCAGCAUAGAACUUCUUCAAGAACAAAGCCGUAUGCCACCAAGCAAUGCCUAAGGAGACAAUUGUCUUCUGAUUUGAGGUAACUGGGCCAUAUACAGUGAGUCAGGACCACAGAUCCCAUCCAUCUUCCCAUGCAAGGCCAUUGUAACAUUGCUACUAACAUCAGAAAGUACAAGUUUAGAGCCAAAGGGCAAUUUCUUCCUGAAUUUUUACCUCCUAAAAAGAAACAAUUAAAGGAGAUCAGCUCAGAUGAGAUGCACCACAAACAACAUGAUACAAACUCUGGAAGUCAGUGCAAUAAAAUGCAGUAGGUUGCUGCAUUUCAUGUAUUUAGCCAAGGAUUCAUCAGCCUACCACUUGCGUGUUUAAGCUUGUUCUAAAGAGUAAAGUUGAAGGCAUAUAAGAUGCGUUAUGUGCAUUUUCAAGCCUCCCUGCUGAGGGAAGGAAGCCAAUUUUUUUCAGACUGAUUUUCAUUUUUGUUUCCUUGGACUUGCUGUUUCUCCCCUCUGCUCUCAAAUUCCCUUUAUUUUUUUUUUUAGCUCAUGGAAACCAUGACCAGAAAGCAGGCUUUUACAUUUUGCUCUGAAAACAUGCCAGCUCAGAAACCCGAGCCAGGCUGAGCCAGGUUAUAUUCUUAUUAUCACCAUUCUUGAAUUUAACAAGUUUGUGGCUCCUAAAAUCUGUGGUUGCCCAGGGAAACCAUCAUAAGGCUAAAUCAACACAAUACUGAAAGCCUGUUCACUAAUGCAUCUAGACACAAAGCUUGUUUGUGAUCUGUUGUUUUGUAGGAAAACAACAUUAAUCAGCAGAGCGUGGGGAAUGUACACACAAUACCUGCCUUCAUAGGCUGUAUGUAGUGUCUGUAGAACCAUGUUCAGCCCUUGCUGGAAACCAGCACAGAAGCCAUUAGCUCUGGUACAACAGGAACUCAAUGGCCUGAGGAGAAAUCACAGAUUCAUGGAAUCAUUAAGGUUGGAAAAGACCACUAUGAUCAUGCAGUAAUCAUACCAACCAAUCCCCACUAUGCCCGCUGACCACAUCCCUCAGUGCCACAUCUCCACUUUUCUUGAACACCUCCAGGGAGGGCGACUUCACCACCUCCCUGGGCAGCCUGUGCCAGUGCCUCACCACUCUUUCUGACAAGAAAUGUUUCCUAAUAUCCAACCCGAACUUCCCCUGCUGCAACUUAAAGCCAUUACCUCCUGUCCUAUCAGUAGUUACCAGGGAGAAGAGGCCAAUGACCCCCACCUAACUCCUGAAAGUGUGAUCUCACCAGUGCUGAGUACAGUGGAAUUGUGUUUCCUCAUGCUUCACAGCUGAGUCUAUUUUUGAGGUUGAAACCAGCAGCUGAAGGCAGUUCAAAAGCACAAGAGGUGUACUGGAACAUGUGAUAACUGUCAACAUCCAAGUGGUCUCUAGAAAAAAAAAAACAACAAUGAAAGAAGAUCCUGCUCACUGAAGUCAUAGCAGCAAGAAGUUCACCUCCUAGCUUCCUCAGUAGCUGAGAACCAGAGGAUUAAGGCCCUCAGGAUGACAACUAAGGCAUCUAGAGAAGAAAGAAGAUGGCAUCACAAAAGCAGUCCACGCAAGGACUGAUGCCAUUUUCUAUGCAGACAGCAAAUGGAAACCUACGCCUUCAAAAUAAAUAAAUAGAUAAAUAAAUAAAUAAAUAAGUCUUGCUGAGCUGAAA